AUGCCCCGCCCCGGCGCCCCCCCGAAGCUCGGGCUGCCCCCGCCCUGCGGCGCCCCCGUUGGCGCGACCCCGUGCAGAGUCCCGGCGCGCGGCGGCGGCGCGCGGCAUCACCCCACUGGCGGCGGCGCGCCGGGUCCCUGGGCGCAGCCCCGACGCUCAUUGGCCUGGGCGGCGCAGCCAAGCUGUCAGCCCAUGUGGCGUGUCCGCGCGGGGCGGCCGCGGUUAAAUAGAGUCGGCGCCGGCCUAGAGGGAGCCAGAGAGACGGCAGCGUCCCGGCCUCCUUCCGUCGCCGCGCUGCAUCCUCGCUUUCCCACCGCCCGCGCCCAGACCAGAGAGAGCAGCCAUGGAGGAGGUGGUGAUUGCCGGCAUGUCUGGGAGGCUGCCCGAGUCAGAGAACAUGCAGGAGUUCUGGGCUAAUCUCAUCGGUGGCGUGGACAUGGUGACGGAUGAUGACAGGCGGUGGAAGGCCGGACUCUACGGCCUGCCCAGGCGGUCUGGCAAGCUGAAGGACCUGUCCAAGUUUGACGCCUCCUUUUUUGGGGUCCACCCCAAGCAGGCACACAAUAUGGAUCCCCAGCUACGCUUGCUGCUGGAGGUCACCUACGAGGCCAUCGUGGAUGGAGGCAUCAACCCGGCCUUGCUGCGAGGGACACACACUGGCGUCUGGGUGGGUGUGAGCGGCUCAGAGGCGUCAGAGGCUCUGAGCCGAGACCCCAAGACGCUGCUGGGCUACAGCAUGGUGGGCUGCCAGCGUGCCAUGAUGGCCAACCGCCUCUCCUUCUUCUUCGACCUUAAAGGGCCCAGCAUCGCUCUGGACACAGCCUGUUCCUCCAGCCUGCUGGCCCUGCACAACGCCUACCAGGCCAUCCGCAGUGGGGAAUGCCCCGCGGCCAUCGUGGGUGGCAUCAACGUCCUGCUGAAGCCCAACACCUCCUUGCAAUUCAUGAAGUUGGGCAUGCUCAGCCCCGAGGGCGCCUGCAAGUCCUUUGACGAGGCUGGAAAUGGCUACUGCCGCUCAGAGGCUGUGGUGGCUGUCCUGCUGACCAAGAAGUCCCUUGCUAGGCGAGUAUACGCCACCAUCCUGAAUUCAGGCACCAACACGGACGGCAGCAAGGAGCAAGGUGUGACCUUCCCCUCCGGAGACGCGCAAGAGCAGCUCAUGAGCUCCCUGUAUAAGCCGGCUGGGGUGGCCCCCGAGUCCCUCGAGUACCUCGAAGCUCACGGCACAGGCACUAGGGUGGGUGACCCCCAGGAGCUGAAGGGUGUCGUCCGAGCCCUGUGUGCCACCCGCCAGGAUCCCCUGCUGAUCGGGUCCACCAAGUCGAACAUGGGACACCCAGAGCCCGCCUCGGGGCUUGCAGCGCUGGCCAAGGUGCUGCUGUCCCUGGAGCACGGGCUCUGGGCCCCCAACCUGCACUUCCACAGCCCAAACCCCGAGAUCCCAGCACUGCGGGACGGUCGGCUGCAGGUAGUAGACCGGCCCCUGCCCAUCCGAGGGGGCAACGUGGGCAUCAACUCCUUCGGCUUUGGCGGCUCCAACGUGCACGUCAUCCUCCAGCCCAACUCACGGCUGCCCCUGGUGCCCACCCCGCAUGUGGCUCUGCCCUGUCUGCUGCGGGCCAGCGGGCGCACCUCCGAGGCCGUGCUUGGCCUGCUGGAGCAGGGCCGCCAGCACAGCCAGGACCUGGCCUUCGUGAGCAUGCUCAAUGACAUCGCCGCCACCCCCCCCUCCGCCAUGCCCUUCCGGGGCUAUGCCGUGCUGGGUGGCGAGGGUGAUGCCCAGGAGGUGCAGCAGGUGUCCACUGGUCAACGCCCACUCUGGUUCAUCUGCUCCGGGAUGGGCGCGCAGUGGCGUGGGAUGGGGCUGAGUCUCAUGCGCCUGGGCACCUUCCGCGACUCCAUCCUGCGCUCCGACAAGGCUGUGAAGCCCCUGGGACUGCAGGUGUCAGACCUACUGCUGAGCGCAGAUGAGGCCACCUUCGACGACACUGUUCCUGGCUUCGUGAGCCUUACUGCCAUCCAGAUCGCCCUUAUAGACCUGCUGACUUCCAUGGGCCUGAGACCUGACGGCAUCAUCGGGCACUCCCUGGGCGAGGUGGCCUGCGGCUACGCCGAUGGCUGCAUCUCUCAGGAGGAGGCCAUCCUCUCUGCCUACUGGAGGGGCCAGUGCAUCAAGGAGGCCAACAUCCCGCCAGGGGCCAUGGCGGCCGUGGGCUUGUCCUGGGAGGAGUGUAAGCAGCGCUGCCCGCCCGGCGUCGUGCCCGCUUGCCACAACUCCAAGGACACGGUGACCAUCUCGGGACCACAGGCUGCCGUGUCCGAGUUCGUGGAGCAGCUGAAGCAGGAGGGCGUGUUUGCCAAGGAGGUGCGGACUGGCGGCCUGGCCUUCCACUCUUACUUCAUGGACUCCAUCAGCCACACCCUGCUGCAGGCACUCAAGAAGGUGAUCCGGGAGCCGCGGCCCCGCUCAGCGCGCUGGCUCAGCACCUCCAUCCCCGAGGCCCAGUGGCAGAGCAGCCUGGCCCGCACCUUCUCCGCUGAGUACAAUGUCAACAACCUGGUCAGCCCAGUGCUGUUCCAGGAAGCGCUGUGUCAUGUGCCUGAGCACGCCGUGGUGCUGGAAAUCGCUCCCCACGCCCUGCUGCAGGCCGUGCUAAAGAGAGGCCUCAAGCCCAGCUGCACCAUUGUCCCGCUGAUGAAGAAGGACCACAGGGACAACCUGGAGUUCUUCCUCAGCAACGUGGGCAGACUCCACCUGAUGGGCAUCGACGUCAACCCCAACGGCCUGUUCCCACCCGUGGAGUUCCCGGCUCCCCGGGGGACCCCACUCAUCUCCCCACACAUCAAAUGGGACCACAGCCAGACCUGGUAUGUGCCCUCUGCCAAGGACUUCCCUAGUGGGUCCAGCUGCUCCUCCUCCACCGUCUACAACAUUGACGCCAGCCCCGAGUCCCCCGACCACUACCUGGUGGACCACCGCAUUGACGGCCGCACUCUCUUCCCUGCCACUGGCUACCUGUGUCUGGUCUGGAGGACACUGGCUCAUGCCCUGGGCGAGAACCUGGAGCAGAUGCCAGUGGUGUUUGAGGAUGUGACGCUGUACCAGGCCACCAUCCUGCCCAAGACAGGGACCAUGCCCCUGGAGGUACGGCUUCUGGAGGCCUCCCACACAUUCGAGGUGUCUGAGAAUGGCACCCUGAUAGUGAGCGGGAAGGUGUACCAGUGGGACAACCCCAACCCCAAGCUCUUCGACAACCGAGAUAGCCUGGACCCUGCAGACCCCACUGACCCCACAGCCACGUUCCACCUGGCCCAGGGGGACGUGUACAAGGAGCUGCGGCUGCGUGGCUAUGACUACGGCCCUCACUUCCAGGGCAUCCUCAAGGCCAACCUCGAAGGCAACACAGGCCAGCUGCUGUGGAAGGACAACUGGGUGACCUUCUUGGACACCAUGCUGCAGAUGUCCAUCCUUGGCUCAGCCCAGCGCAGCCUGCGCCUGCCCACACGCAUUGCCGCCAUCCACAUCGACCCCGCCACCCACCAGCAGAAGGUGUACACGCUGCAGGGCGAGGCCCAAGUGGCUGACUUGGUGCUGGACAGCUGUCUGAGCAGCACAGUGGCUGGGGGUGCCAUCAUCUCUUGGCUCCAUACCUCACUGGCCCCACGGCGGCAGCAGGAACAGCUCGCACCCACCCUGGAGAAAUUUUGCUUCACGCCGCACGUGGAGGGGGGCUGCCUAGCUGGGAGCGCCACCCUGCAGGAGGAGCUGCAGCUGUGCAAGGGGCUGGCUCAGGCGCUGCAGGUCAAGGUGGCCCAGCAGGGCCUCAAGAUGGUGGUGCCAGGGUUGGACGGGGCACAGGUCCCCCGGGAGUCCCCACAGCAGGGCCUGCCUCGACUGCUGGCAGCUGCCUGCCAGUUACAGCUCAAUGGGAACCUGCAGCUGGAGCUGGGCCAGGUGCUAGCCCAGGAGAGCCCCCUGCUGUGUGACGACCCCCUGCUCAGCGGGCUCCUCGACUCCCCAGCGCUCAAAGCCUGCGUGGACACUGCCUUGGAGAACAUGGCCAGCCUCAGGAUGAAGGUGGUGGAGGUGUUGGCUGGUGAUGGCCACCUGUAUUCCCGCAUCCCGGCAUUGCUUACCACCCAGCCCAUGCUGCAGCUGGACUACACAGCCACUGACCGCCACGCCCAGGCCCUGAAGGCUGCCCAGGCCAAGCUGCAGCAGCACCAUGUGGCCCAGGGCCAGUGGGACCCCAUGGACCCCGCCCCUAGCAGCCUGGGUGCCACCGACCUCCUGGUGUGCAACUGCGCUGUGGCCACCCUCGGCGACCCAGCCACGGCCCUCGGGAACAUGGCGGCUGUCCUCAAGGAGGGCGGCUUCCUGCUGCUGCACACCCUUCUCAGAGGAUACCCCCUUGGAGAGAUGGUCGCCUUCCUUACCUGCCCCGAGCCCCAGAGAGGCAGGCAGGGCCUCCUGAGCCAGGACGAGUGGGAGAGCCUGUUUGCUGGGGCAUCCCUGCGCCUAGUGGCCCUGAAGAAGUCCUUCUAUGGCUCUGUCCUCUUCCUGUGCCGCCGGCCAGCCCCACAGGACAGCCCCAUCUUCCUGCCUGUGGAGGACAUGAGCUUCCGAUGGGUGGACUCACUGAAGAACAUUCUGGCCGACUUGUCCUCUCGGCCCGUGUGGCUGACGGCCGUCAGCUGCAGCACCUCAGGCGUCAUAGGCAUGGCCAACUGUCUCCGCAAAGAGCCUGGCGGGCACCGGAUUCGGUGCAUCCUGGUGUCCAACCUCAGCAACACGUCCCCCGUCCCCAAGAUGGACCCGAGCUCCUCAGAGCUGCAGAAGGUGCUACAGGGGGACCUGGUGAUGAAUGUCUACCGAGAUGGGGCCUGGGGGGCCUUCCGCCACUUCCCACUGGAGCAAGACCAGCCAGAGGAGCAGACAGAGCAUGCCUUCAUCAAUGUCCUCACCCGCGGGGACCUCUCCUCUAUCCGCUGGGUCUGCUCCCCGCUGCGCCACGCCCAGCACCCGGGUCCCGGCCUCCAGCUCUGCACCGUGUACUAUGCCUCCCUCAACUUCCGAGACAUCAUGCUGGCCACGGGCAAGCUGUCGCCUGAUGCCAUCCCAGGGAAGUGGGCCGCCCGGGACUGCAUGCUGGGCAUGGAGUUCUCUGGCCGAGAUGCCAGUGGGAAGCGUGUGAUGGGGCUGGUGCCCGCUGAAGGCCUGGCCACCUCCGUCCUGCUGUCUCAGGACUUCCUGUGGGACGUGCCCUCCUGCUGGACCCUGGAGGAGGCAGCUUCCGUGCCCGUUGUCUAUACCACUGCCUACUACUCGCUGGUGGUGCGCGGGCGUGUGCGGCGUGGGGAGACGGUGCUCAUCCACUCCGGCUCAGGGGGCGUGGGCCAGGCUGCCAUUGCCAUUGCUCUUAGCCUGGGCUGCCGUGUCUUCACCACCGUGGGGUCAGCUGCGAAGCGGGCGUACCUCCAGGCCAGGUUCCCCCAGCUCAACGACACCAGCUUUGCCAACUCCCGGGACACGUCCUUUGAGCAGCAUGUGCUGCGGCACACAGCUGGGAAGGGUGUUGACCUGGUCCUGAACUCCCUGGCGGAAGAGAAGCUGCAGGCCAGCGUGCGGUGCCUGGCCCAGCAUGGCCGCUUCCUGGAAAUCGGCAAAUUCGAUCUGUCCAACAACCACCCCCUGGGCAUGGCCGUUUUUCUGAAAAAUGUGACCUUCCAUGGGAUCCUGUUGGAUGCGCUCUUCGAUGAAACUAGCUCCGACUGGCAGGAGGUGGUGGCACUGGUGCGGGCGGGCAUCCAGGAUGGCGUGGUGCAGCCCCUCAAGUGCACUGUAUUCCCCAAGACCCAAGUGGAGGACGCCUUCCGCUACAUGGCCCAGGGGAAGCACAUUGGCAAAGUGGUCGUCCAGGUGCGUGAGGAGGAGCCGGAGGCGGUGCUGCAGGAGGUGAAGCCCACCCGGGUGGUGGCUCUGUCCAAGACCUUCUUCCCAGCCCACAAGAGCUAUGUCGUCGCGGGGGGCCUGGGCGGGUUUGGCCUUGAGCUGGCCCAGUGGCUGGUGCUGCGAGGGGCCCAGAAGCUGGUGCUGACCUCCCGCUCAGGGAUCCGCACGGGCUACCAGGCCAAGCAGGUCCGUGAGUGGAGGCGCCAGGGUGUGCAGGUCCUAGUAUCCACCUGCAAUGCCAGCUCGCUGGAUGGGGCCCGGGGCCUCAUCGCCGAGGCCGCACAGCUUGGGCCUGUGGGAGGCGUCUUCAACCUGGCCAUGGUCCUGAGAGAUGCCAUGCUGGAGAACCAGACCCCUGAGCUCUUCCAGGACGUCAACAAGCCCAAGUACAACGGCACCCUGAAUCUGGACAGGGUGACCCGAGAGACAUGCCCCGAGCUCGACUACUUUGUCGCCUUCUCCUCGGUGAGCUGCGGGCGCGGCAACGCCGGCCAGACCAACUACGGCUUCGCCAACUCCACCAUGGAGCGCAUAUGCGAGAAGCGCAGGCAUGACGGCCUCCCAGGCCUCGCCGUGCAGUGGGGCGCCAUUGGUGAUGUGGGCAUCAUCCUGGAGGCGAUGGGCACCAACGACACGGUCAUCGGUGGGACACUGCCACAGCGCAUUGCCUCCUGCCUUGAGGUGCUGGAUCUUUUCUUGAAUCAGCCACAUCCCGUCCUGAGCAGCUUUGUGCUAGCCGAGAAGAAGGCUGCAGCCCACAGUGACAGCGGCAGCCAGCAGGACCUGGUGAAGGCCGUGGCUCACAUCCUGGGCAUCCAAGACUUGGCCACCAUCAACUUGGACAGCUCACUGGUGGACCUGGGCCUGGACUCACUCAUGGGCAUAGAGGUGCGCCAGACACUGGAGCGCGAGCAUGACAUGGUGCUGUCCAUGCGGGACAUCCAGCAGCUCACUCUCCGGAAGCUGCAGGAGCUUUCCUCACAGACCUGCAUGGCUGAUGAGCUGGCAGCCCCCACACCCAAGGAGGACGGCCUCACCACGCAGCAGGCCCAGCUGAACCUGAGCACCCUCCUGGUAAACCCUGAGGCCCCGACCUUGACGCGGCUCAACUCAGUGCAGAGUUCCGAGCGGCCCCUGUUCCUGGUGCACCCCAUUGAGGGCUCCAUCACUGUGUUCCACAGCCUGGCCACCAAGCUCAGCAUCCCCACCUACGGCCUACAGUGCACCAAAGCUGCUCCCCUGGAUAGCAUCCAGAGCCUGGCUGCCUACUACAUUGAGUGCAUCAGGCAGGUGCAGCCCGAGGGGCCCUACCGCAUCGCCGGCUACUCCUACGGGGCCUGCGUGGCCUUUGAGAUGUGCUCACAGCUGCAGGCACAGCAGAGCUCGGCCCCCGCACACAACAGCCUCUUCCUGUUCGACGGCUCGCACACCUAUGUCCUGGCGUACACGCAGAGCUACCGUGCCAAGCUGACCCCCGGCUGUGAGGCAGAGGCCGAGACUGAGGCCAUGUGCUUCUUCAUACAGCAGUUCACGGAUGCUGAGCACAGCAGGGUGCUGGAGGCGCUGCUGCCCCUCAAGGGCCUGGAGGAGCGCGUGGUGGCUGCCGUGGACCUGAUUGUGCAGAACCACGCAGGCCUGGACCGCCGUGUGCUCAGCUUUGCUGCACGUUCCUUCUACUACAAGCUGCGCGCUGCUGAGCAGUACAUGCCGCGGGCCACCUACCAUGGCAACGUGACGCUGCUGCGCGCCAAGACGGGCGGCGCCUACGGCGAGGACCUGGGCGCUGACUACAACCUGUCCCAGGUGUGCGACGGCAAGGUGUCUGUGCACAUCAUCGAGGGGGACCACCGCACGCUGCUGGAGGGCAGCGGCCUGGAGUCCAUCCUCAGCAUCAUCCACAGCUCCCUGGCUGAGCCGCGCGUCAGUGUGCGGGAGGGAUAGUGUGACCCUGCUGCCAUGCUGCCCCCUCCCAUGCCACCCCCACUGUCCUGCAGGGCUGGCGAAGUCCUGCCGGUGGGACCUCGCCCUGCCCCGCCUCCCUGGUCCAGACCGCUGACUCCACCCCACGCCGUUGCCUGCGGCUGGCCUCUAAUCAACACCGCACCCUCAUGGGGGAUCCUCCCAACUAGGCACCUCAGCCUCCACCUCCCAUGGGACCACCUCUUAUGGGCACCCUCCGUGGAUGUCUGGGCCCACCACCUCCCAUGGGGACCUCAUGCAUGUCCACCUCCCAUGGGCAUCUCACGUGGGCAGAGGGCCGGGACCGUGCCGCUGACUUGGAGACCUGCCCUGGUCUGUGAAGAGUCGGCCAAGCCAGGCCCAGCCUUCUGUACCACGUGGGGUCUCCCACGUGGGUCUGUUUGUCAUUUUCCUGAAUGCUCCUAUUUAUUGUGUCACUGAGGAAAUGCCAGGCCUCAUCCACCGGGUGAAGGCUGGCACUGGGGUCCAUUCUCAGCCAGGCUGGCGCUGGAGCCCACAGCCCUGGGGCCCCCAUGAUGCAGGGGCCUGUGGAGCGGAGCAGCCCCAGGGCUUGAUGGGCAACCUCUCUGUGUUCGUCUGUGUUCCUUUUUCAAGAAACAUGAUUCAAAUUGCUGCGUGGAUUUUGAAAUUUCCUGUCAACUAUCAGUGUAAAGAACCAUGUCUGGAUCCUUAUUUCAUUUUUACACCAACCUGGUAAAAAUGCUGCUCUCCCUGGAGCCUCCCCACGAUUAAACCACACGUGAGCUCUG